UGGCCAUGGCCUCCAUACAGAUCUCAGAGAGAAGGCUUCCAAGGGACGAGUCAUGGGAAUACUGAACGGCAUCUCGGAUGAGUGGAACCCUUCCACGGAUCCACACAUUGUGAUGAGAUAUGAAAGGGAUAACUUUGAAGAAGGCAAGCGCUGCUGCAAGGCUGAACUCCAGCGUCAGUUGGGACUCACGGAGGACCCCAAGUUGUGCCUCAUUGGCUUCUGCGGUCGGCUCUGCUACCAGAAGGGCAUCCAUUUGAUCCUGGAAUGCCUACCGUGGCUCAUGAGGAAUGAGGGCAAUGGGGUGAACGGCUUCGUUCAAGUGGCGAUGAUGGGCAAAGGCGAAUUGAAGUAUGAAAGAGAGCUGAGGAAAGCCGAGGAGCAAUAUCCUGGACGUGUUUGCGCGUUCGUCGGGUUUGAUCCGAUCAUCGAGCAUCGCAUGAUGGCGGGCUGCGAUAUCUUGCUGAUGCCCUCGCAGUACGAACCCUGCGGCCUUCCGCAGAUGUAUGCGCAGCAGUAUGCAACUCUGCCUGUGGUCCAUGAAACUGGGGGAUUGAAGGACUCGGUCCGGGGCUUGUGGAACGACCAGGAGAGACAUGUCGCUACAGGUUUCCUUUUUGGUGGUUUUGACACCAACCGGUUGAAGGAGCGGCUGUACCAGGCCAUGGAUACUUUCCGGCACAAAAAGGCCCUGUGGGGACAGAUGCAAAUGAAUGCCAUAAAAUGUAAUUACUACUGGCCCCAGGCGAUUGAUGAAUAUGAAAAGAAUAUCGACCAAGUUAUGGAGGAUGAGCCUUAUCAGCGCUAAAUUCGUGCAUUCUAUUUCUAAUUUCUGCAAUCUGGCGAAGCCAAUGAGGUUGAAGUAGGCCCAGUAGGCCAAGUAGGCGUAGGCAAUUUGC